AUGAAAUGCUUUUCCUCACCGGCCUCAGCCGUGCCCGUUCCGCUACAGCCAACCAAUCCUCGGCUAUCCAAGUUUUUCAAUCUAAGCGAGACUCCCCCUUGCAAGUUCACGCUUUUCACGCAUCUGCCUUUCGAACUUCAAGUCUACAUCUGGAAACUAUCAAUUCCAGGCCCCCAGAUCAUUCGCGUAAAGGUUGAGGUCGACGACGCACUUCACAAUGGCGAUCUCUUUGCACGCGAGGACUUCAAUUGGGACAUCGACCACAUAUCUGCUCAGAAAAGUCUCAAGUUUAGCGCACCUUUCUCACAAGCCCCGAGCUUACUAGCGACAUGUAAGGAUUCUCGCAACACAAUCCUUUCAGUAUACAGCGGGACUCUCAAGUCACAGGGCGAUUCGGUCAUCCGCUUCGAUUCCGACAACGAUACCAUAUUUUUAUUGCCCUCCACUAACAGAGUAUCAAUAUGCCCGUGUCAAGAUCAGGAAGUUUCCUCUGCUACAGCCUCCUCCACACCAACUCUUUCCGAGAAUCACCGAAAACCCAUGUUUCUUGGGCUAGGCACACGAGAAAUACCUACUCUUAAUGCACAGCGCUCUCGCGACUUCUCGCCAAUAUUUGGAUGCGUGAAAAAGCUAAUUAUGGUUUGGAGUGAAUUCUUUUGUGUUCACUCGGCCGAUAUUACCUGGACCCUAUCAAAUUUCGCCGCUCUUCAAGAACUCACACUAGUGACGGCUGUCCAGAGAGAUGCAUACUGUAGCGCCUACCUCCAAGCUGUCGGCUCGCCUACUGUCUGGUCAGUUGAGCAGAUUUCAAGUCAUUUCGCCUCUGCACAAUGGCUCGUCCAAGGCCUACGGAAUGAUAUGAUAACGCUGGAUCGCUUCCGACAAAAGUUAGAAUCUCGCAAGCAGCUGUAUUAUCGGCAAUCUUGGAAGCUACCACCAGUUAUCCGGUUUGGGGGCUGCUUCUCCGAAUGGGUAGAAGGAAGGGAACAUUCGUGA